AAUUAGGUGCACAACAGCGAGACGCCUCCAGGUAUGCUAUGGCAGACAUCAUCAGUGAACAGACCUUUGUAGAACAGCUAAAAGAGUUUGAGCUACCUAAUGUGGAGUUCACUGGAGAGAAGCUCCGCGGAGGCAGUGGUUCUUAUGGUUACGUUGAAGUUGUCCUGAUAGCAGGAACACGUUGUGCAGCAAAGUUCUCUCAUCAAGUCUUUGAAGAGUAUCAAUGGAAAACAUCUCCAGCGGACUAUUUCAGAAAAGAAUGCACUCUCAUGAGCCAGCUCAGGCAUCCACACAUUGUCCAGUUCCUGGGUGUCUGCUGCCACCACCAAGAGGCCAUGUUACCUGCAAUAGUCAUGGAGCUACUCAUGACCUGCCUGCACAACUACCUAGAAGUAGCAAAGACAGCAUCUCUCCCUAUAGCCAUCAAGCAUAACAUACUCCUGGGUGUCUCCAAAGGCCUGGUGUACCUGCACAGCAUGGAUAUUGUCCAUCGCGAUCUCACUGCUAGGAACAUUCUUUUAUCAGAUUCCCUCACCCCCAAGAUCGCAGACUUGGGUAUGGCGCGCCUGCAAGCUGGUAGAGAAGCUGCUACUAUGACCAAUACCCCAGGCAAUGCCAAUUACAUGCCACCAGAGGCUAAGGACAAUGACAUCACUCGCUACGGGAAACCAAUCGAUUGCUUUUCAAUAGGUCAUCUCAUUCUCUUCACUAUCAUUCAAGUAUUUCCUAUUGUGUUGGGUUCAACUUACUUCAACGAAACAACUGGUCUUCUGAUGGCCCGUACUGAAAUAGAACGACGUGAACAAGGCUUCAAAAUAACCAGGGAAAUAGUUGGCCUUGACCACCCCCUUGUCCUGCUAGCCUGUGACUGUCUGGCAGUUAGGCCAAGUCUGCGACCAACAGCACCUCAAAUUAUGCAGAAACUUCAGACAAUGUCAAUCAUCCCGUAUCGAAGUUGGGAACUGACAAAACACGAAAUGAUGCAGGUUGUGAUCAAGCAUGAAGAUACCAUUCACAAGUUGCAGGACAAAUUGGCUUCGAAGCAGACAGUGACUGAGCAAAACACAGCGGCACAAGAAGAGCCUGUAUUGAGUGAACUCUACCAACAAGCACAGGCUGAUGACCAACUGUCGGAAGGUUUGUACGUCAAUGUCCCACAAUCACCAACCACACUGCAGUGGAGCUCUGAUGAGUCAGAAUAUGAUUAUGUCAACGAUAUGCAGCCAUCACCUGGUUGCAAACAAAACACUCCCAAACAGCAUGCCAAAAGCUUUCCUCGAUUACUACUACAUGAUGAUGACCGAACAUUGAAACGUCCGUACAUCAAUGUCCCACAAUCACCAACCAUACUGCAGAGCUCUGAUGAGUCAGAAGAUGAUUAUGUGAACGAUAUGCAUUUGAAAAAGCCAUCACCUGGUUGCAAGCAAAACACUCCCAAACAGCAUGCCAAAAGCUUUCCUCGAUUACUACUACAUGAUGAUGACCGAACAUUGAAACGCCCGUACGUCAAUGUCCCACAAUCACCAACCACACUGCAGAGCUCUGAUGAGUCAGAAUAUGAUUAUGUAAACGAUAUGCAUUUGAAAAAGCCAUCACCUGGUUGCAAACAAUUGCAAAACACUCCCAAACAGCAUGCCAAAAGCUUUCCUCGAUUACUACUACAUGAUGAUGGCCAACUGUUGGAAGGUUCGUACGUUAAUGUCCCACAAUCACCAACCAUACUGCAGUGGAGCUCUGAUGAGUCGGAAGAUGAUUAUGUCAACCAGCCGAUGUAUAUGCACCAGUCAUCACCUGAUUGCGAGCAAGACACUCGCAAACAGCAUGCCAAUACCCUUCCCCAGUACGUGAACGUCCAAUCACCAAAACUAGAUGUGGAUUACGAUGAAGUACCCCCAAAAUUCCAAUUUUUUUCGGAGUCUCCUAAAGCUAAGAAGCCGUUAGCCUUGCCUCGGCGCACUCGGGAAAAUCCAGUAGCCAUUGCUCUUAACAACAGCACAACAAAGAGCCCACUAGUCAGUAGACUAUACCGCAAACAAGUACCACCAUCUCACAACAAUCAGUCAAUGGCAAAAAGGAAAAUCGAAUGUAAAAGGCAGUCAUCACUGUCCUCUCUAGUGACCUUCCCCAACUCUCCCGUUCUCUCUCCUCACAAGACAACCUUCCAAUAUGGGUACCGAUCAAGGGUGAGCGCUAUGACUGGACUAGAGAGCCCUAAACUCACACGGACUAAAUCCUUGCAAAAUAUAGAAGCACCUCAGAACAAAAAUCCUGAACCAUGGGCUGAAGUAGUUGCGACACCAGUGACCAACAAAGAAAGUCGCUCUUUUAAGGGUGAACGGUUCCGCAAGAGAUCACUCAGUGCAGAUGCAGUGCUUGGAUCGUGGACUUGUAGGCACUGCGGCAAAAAACUGAAAUUUGUGUCUGGAACUGUGUGUUACGUAUGUUGUACUGCACACACAUUAAAUUUUAGUUAGUUUACUAUUCGUGUAUUUUAUAGAACCGUAAUUUUUAUCCAUUGAACUUUAAUUUCAAAAAUACAAAACUGUUUAUUAUCAC